UGAUUAUAAUAUACCACUUAUUCAAUCUUAUAUUUUAUCAGAAAACACUAUUAAUGAAUGGAAAGAAAUAAUAGUACAUACUAUUUACAAACGACUUCCUCUUGCUUUUAAAAAGACUAGCAAACAA